UUAACUUACCGAAAAAUCUAUAUACCUUUAUAUACCCCAAUCAACACUCUGUACACUCACACUCUCAUCCCUUGCUUACAGGCUUAUCCGAAUCGUGACAUCACUAAUAUUGUUGAAUCUUCGCAUUAUCAGAAAAUCGGCGGCUGGUGUCGUCAGGGCGCUUUGAAUUCGGCAAAAUGCAAAGGGGCACAUCGUUGGAUCAAACCAUUCCGUUGCUUGGAAGGACCAUUCCAGUCGGAUGCCCUGCUCGUGCCCGAAGGUUGCCUCUUCGAUCACAUUCACAACGCCUCACGUUGCUGGCCAUUCGUUAGAUGGAACCAGACUGGCGCUGCCGCUUGCCAGGAGCGCGGCAUGCAAAUGCGCAGCUUCGCCAUGUUGCUGCCCUGUGGUAUUUCAUUGUUCUCGGGCGUGGAAUUCGUUUGCUGUCCGAAACAUUUCAAAAGUGAGUAUGCAAAGACCUGAGCAGUGUGCUAGGUA